AUGAUAAUUAAGAAAGUAAACCAUGACGGAGCAUAAAGGAACGUCUUUCUUCCAUUCGUGUGUGAAGAUGCCGGUGGAUCCUUACAGCAGACAACCAACUCCCUCGUAUGAACGUCCUCGACUGUCGUCGACGAGGAGUCGAAGGUCGGAGAAGGUAAAAAAGAUCAACUUUGCCGAAAGCGAACCGAUUGCCGUUGCUGAGGACUCGAAAUCGUCGAGUCCGCGCGAUACCCUGGAAAACUUUCUGGAGUUCAUGAAGAGCAUACCGGACUACGGGCAGAUACACCACCUGUCGAACGAGCAGUUCAAGCAGAGGGUCGAGUAUCUGAGGAGGAAACAACGACUACUUCUACAGAAUUUAAGGGAUUCACUAGAUGAUUUGGCGGAAAAGCCGCCGUCGCAAUUGUCGAUUACAAGAAACGAGAACUCGAAAUCGAAGGAUAUCAAGUCGGACAUUGCCAGUGAUCUCAAGCUGAAUGGUAAGAAAUGCUAUCUCGAAGAGUCCAGGACCAGCAGCCCGAUACUUUUCCCAUCCGGCACUUUCGCCGGUCUUGCCGAGGAUCAAGAUCUGCUAACGUACAGAUGCAGAGAUAAGGACAAGGAGAUAAAAACUAUGCGCAAUAAAGAGAUAUUCGCGGCUAAUAAAAGUUGGAGUACAUGGAGUGGAUCAAAAAGUGAUAAUAGCGUAGAUAGUGAUGGCGAAGACAGCAUCGAGACAAAGAGUUUGCCGCCUAAUAGCUCGAAAGAAUGGCACCCUACGUUGCCCAAACCAUUUAGCUUUACAUUGAGGGAAGAAGCGGAAAAAUACAUGACGGAAAUGGAGGCGACCGAGCGUAUGAAUCAGGAUAACGCGAAAAAGAGUCCUUCGAAGAAACGACGAGUCAGACCAAUUCCUAUUACGUCUAAGAUACCGCUUUAUGACAAAUUGAUGGCCGAGAAAGAGGAAAGAAGUCGCAUUGUCCGCGAGGAGAGCGCCCUGAAUCUGCUGUCGCAGGUGCGACCUUUCAAGCUAGAGUGCGAUCGCCGUGCCUGGCGUUCCUUGGCAAGGUCUAGCCCCGAGCUCCGCUCAAGCAAAAGCAGUUCUUCGCGCUUCAAGGCCAAACCUGUACCGAGAAACUUGUUCGGCACUGAGGUUUACGAUCGCAUGCUUGAAGACGAGUAUUACAGACAGCUGAAGAAAAGGGUGAGGGCCGCCGAGCUGCUGAAAUCCUCCUCCUUGCCGCCGUCGAUGGCGAGACGCGAGCGUGUCAAAUCCGCAUGUGCACAUUUGCAGGAUAUAGCGUCCAACAAGGAUGAUGACGAGUCCGUUAUUCCGACGACGACAACGACGGUGUCCGACAGAACCAGAUCCGCGAUGACGUCCGCGAUGUCCUCACGCGGAAAUAAUCUGGCCGCGAUCCUGAGAUGUCAGGCUUCCCGAGAGAAACUGGAGCGCGAGAUACGGGAACGAAUGGAGGAGAAACGACGGGAGCAGAUACUGAAGUUCAGGGAGACGCUGAUCGGUCGGAAGCCCGCGUGGAGAGCCUUGAGAUCGGCUGCGAGGCACGAGCAUGACAGGGAUCUGGAUAUACGGACGUCUCUUCGUCGGGACGAGGCGCGGGAGCAGGCCGAGCGUCAUCGUCUGCAGAUGGAGAUGAUGCUGGAUCGUGUGACGCAAAUACCGACUCUGUUCGAACGGCAUUCUCAGAGUUUCCAGUCACUUGUAAUGGCACAACAAGAAGAAACUUCUUCAAAGAGCGUCCGCAAAAAGAAGAAGAAGAAGAAGAGAAAACAGAAGCAGCCGCCGAAGAGGCCCAUGUCAAGCAGUCUAGAUUCGUACAUGAGCUUUGUUAGCAACUACAGACCAAAUUCAGGAUCGUUGACCAGCUCUUCCGGUACUCUAAUCUCCUCAAGCCAAUCAUCAUCGAAGUCGUCACAUGGUUCCUCCGAUAAGUCAGCGGUCAAAUCGGAAGGCUCGAUGUCGAAGAGGAAGACCGAUCGCGGCCCGCUCAAGGUGUCGAUCAACGAAACGGCGGAACUGAUCGAGGAUCGUAAGUCGACGAGCAGCGACGAGCGAUCUCGCAGCGAGGAACACGAAGAUGCAUUGUAAAACGAGGGCAAUGUCAUCGCCAAAGAGUAAAAAAAAAUUAAACUGAUAUCUUUAAUUCUUCUGAAGAUAUUCUAAAUUUCAAAUUUAUAUUAUAUUGAUUGAUUAUAAUAUAUAGUUAAUAGAGCAUAUGUUAUAUGAUAAAAUUAUAUAGUUGAGCUUUGAAUUGAAAAUUUGCUUAAAAUUAACGAAGGAAAAGAAUUAAUUUUUUCUUAAUAUGCUU